AUGCUCACAGCGUUAUCUCGGUUCCCCGGAGCAUCGGGUGUUAAGGCAUUACCAUUCUUCAACUUAAUGAAGAAAGGGAUAGCCUUUGAGUGGACCCCGGCAUGUGAGGAAGCAUUCGAGCAUUUCAGAAGAAUACUAGCAACACCGCCUGUCCUCGAAAAGCCCAAAAACGGCGAAACAUUAUACCUGUACUUGGCCAUAACGGAUGAAGCCAUGGCAGCAGUUCUGGUGCGAGAGGAAAGAAAGGCCCAACAACCAGUAUACUUUGUGAGCAAAGCACUACAAGGAGCAAAACUUAGAUACAGCAAAUUAGAGAAGCUAGCACUCGCGCUCCUGACCUCUUCCCAUAGGUUACGACAGAACUUCCAAAGUCACAAAGUGGUCGUAAGGACAGAUCAGGCAAUUCGCCAGGUCCUCCAGAAGCCCGAUUUGGCGGGAAGAAUGAUGACCUGGGCUAUUGAGCUAUCCCAGUACGACCUGCAAUAUGAGCCCAGGCACGCGAUCAAAGCACAAGCCAUGGCCGACUUCUUGGUAGAAGUGACGGGGGAUGCAACCGAGACACCGACCAUAAGGUGGAGGCUCCACGUAGACGGAGCCUCCAACCAGACGUUCGACAGAGCAGGGAUAAUCUUGGAAAGCCCAAGUGGGAUUAUUUACGAAUAUUCAAUCAAGUUCGAAUUCCCAGUGUCAAACAAUCAAGCGGAGUAUGAGGCCCUUCUGGGCGGAUUAGUCCUAGCUAAAGAAGUCGGAGCAACAAGACUUGAAGUGUGUAGCGACUCGCAGGUCGUUACUUCUCAUAUCAAGGGGACCUACCAAGCCAGAGACCCCCUGUUACAGAAAUAUCUGGAGAAGGUCAAAAAGCUAAGUGAACAAUUUGAGGAGGUCAUGGUCCAACACGUUCCAAGAGAAAGGAACACUCGAGCAGACCUCCUGUCCAAGUUGGCGAGCACCAAACCUGGGACGGGCAACCGGUCUCUCAUUCAAGGGCUGAUAAAAGAGGCAGCGGUUGCCCUCCACAUAACAAAGGAAGAUCCCUCCUGGAUGAACCUGAUCACCAACUUCUUGGAAAUCGGCAAGCUCCCUGGUGAUGAGAAGUCGGCCAAAGCAUUAAGAAGGGAAGUGGCCAAGUAUGCGAUCAUACAAGGUCAAUUGUUCAAGAAGGGACUCAGCCAACCCUUGCUGAAAUGCCUACAUCCAAGCCAAACAGGUUAUGUGCUCAGAGAGGUCCAUGAAGGGUGCUAUGGUCACCACAUUGGGGGCAAAGCACUAGCGAGGAAGCUUAUCAGAGCUGGUUAUUACUGGCCACCGAUGAUGAAGGACUCUAAAGAGUUUGUGAAGAAGUGCAUGAAAUGCCAGGAGAACACAAAUUUCCACAAAGCGCUGGCAACCGAGCUAAAUCUGUUGACGUCUUCCUGA